CACACCCUCGGUAUUAAUUCAUUGUGAUAUUUUGUUGCGUAUGCAACAUUAUUAUAAUGAAAGCCUUUCUCAUCAUUUUGCUGGCGUUCGUCGCUGCUUCGGAAUGUCGCAACUAUGGACUUAGAGCGAAGUUCGAUGUCGGCUUACUUCCAGCAUUAGGCUUAAGCUAUUUUUUCAACAUCCCUCAAACAGUUGAUGAAGCUACAACUGAUGAAUGGACAGAAACUGAGAGGCCUAAUGGUCCUUACACCAGCUUGACUAUGUACUGUCCCACUGAAAGAAAGCUAUGUGGACUGUAUGACUCAAGGGGAGACAUCAUGGGCCUACAAAUUGCUCUUCCCCAAGACGAAUUUACUGGCAGUGCAAGCAACUGGACAACUCUGGGCUUCACAGAAUGGCACCCUCCAUCGCUUGAUGGUGCAACCUUUAAGUCGUACUAUACCAUCCAAACAUAUUUUAUUUCUGAAGAGACUCUUGCAAAGCUGGAUGCUGGAGAGACAGUAGACGGACUGAGUGAAACCAAUGUGCUGAAAGAGAACGCGCUGUAUUUAACCGGGUUCGACACCGAAAUUGUUGAGGUAUCCACCAAUGGUACCGAUAUUGCAAACAGCGCCUUCACAAGACAGGCAUGCAUUAUAUGGAUGAGUCGCCACUACUAUUACAACAUGUCAUCAGAUUUAGUCUGUGCCGAGAACACCAUAUUCCCUUGGUUCCCACUCGUCAAUCAAAACGAACUUAUUGGUGUUGGAUUUUUGGCAAUCGGAACGAUGCCAGCCCUGGAUGAUGAACGUGACUGGUUCGAAAGACCUGGAGAAAUUGUUGUCAGAUCGAUCAUAACAGACGGACCUGAAUGUUUGUACAGCCUGGCUUCAACCCCAGGUAUCCUCACAAUGCACAUCUACUUCGUCGACGACCCAUGGUACCUUGGCUGCCUGGAGAGUUAGAUUAAUAAAUCAUUUUAUGUUUAUCUGAUUAUAAUUGUUUUGUUAUUUCUUAAAAUGAAUUAAAUAAAAAAAUAAAUAAAAUAAAA